GCAGUAUAAAACGUGGUGAAAGUGAGGUUGUGCUCUCAAGUGUGUGAAAUCGGCUAAUGAAGAUGAUCUAUCCGGACAUCGAAACAUUCAGGAGGGACAGCGAAUCCUUCGACUCCAUCCCGGAGUUUAGGCAGUCCCAGCUGGAAAAAAACUGCAACCAGUUAUUCGUGAAGGGACCCGCGCUGACCAAGGAUUUUCUGGAGAAGAUGAACACUGAUAUAGUGCCCAAGAAGACGUACCUCUUUGGGUACGAGCUCAACACGAAAAAGAUUCUGUUUCUUUGCGGACUAUUCCUAUUAUUUUUCAUAAGCCUAUUUGGAGCAAUAACGAUAUGGUUCACUGAUUACUUCGACAACACCGUCUUGUCUACCAUGGUCAUUUCCAACUCCUCGAAUAAUAUUAAGAUGUGGACGAACCCUUCUCCCAAGUCACUAGUUAAGGUCCACAUCUUCAACUACACGAACUUGAAGGAAUACGACAAUAAGUGGGACAAGAAGUUGAAAGUACAAGAGGUUGGACCUUAUGUCUACGAAGAGUCUCUAGAAAGAGUCAACGUACAAUUCGACGACGAUGGCAACUUCGUGUCCUUCCAAGAGAAAAGGUCGUACAACUUUCGCCCAGACCUGUCCAAAGGCAAGCAAAGCGACCAAGUCCACGUACCCAACAUACCCUUAAUGGCCGGCACCGCUAUGAGCAAGUACCACAACUACUUCGUGAGGUUGGCCUUCUCCAGCUUCUUGACGGGCCUAGACGAGAAGCCUUUCGUCACACUACCAGCCGAUAAGUUUAUCAUAGGAUACCGCAACAAACUGCUGGACCUUUCACAGUCGUGGACGCGACUCAACGGCCUGGAGUCCUUAAGUUCUGAAACAGUGGGGAUACUCGCAUCUAAAAAUGGAGUGCAACCAAAUGUGAUUACCAUGAACACGGGCAAAGCGGACAUCAACAAGCUGGGACUCAUUGAAAAGUUGAAUGGGAAGGACCACUUUGAGUACUGGUCUACAGAAGAGUGCGACAGAGUCACAGCUGCUGAUGGAAUGGUUUAUCCACCCAAACUGGUGCAACGGAAGCAACCACUUCACUUUCUCAUUCCUCAAAUGUGCAGGACUUUACCCCUGGUAUUCGAAAACGAAGCCACUAUUUUAAAUGGAAAAAUACCUGCCUAUAGGUAUAAAUCGCCGGAAUACAUCUUCGAUACCGCGGAAGAAAGACCGGGGAACCAGUGCUACUGCAGCCUAACAAGUGGCGAUUGUCCAUUGAAGGGUGUAUACAACGUCACACCGUGCAAUUUUGGUGUACCAUCAUUUAUUUCAAAUCCUCACUUCCUUGGCGCCGAUGAGUCGCUGCUAACAGCUAUUGAUGGUCUUAAAACCUUAGACAAGAAAGACAUAGAGACGUACAUUAACCUCCACCCGAGCAUGGGCUUCAGUAUGUCUGGGAGGGCAACGUUCCAACUAAACGUUCAAGUCCAGAAGGCUUUUGGGGUCUACCAGUUGGAUAGAUAUGACGACGGCCUGCUACUGCCCAUAGCUUGGUUAGAAAUUGAGUUAAAUGAGAAGAACUUGCCCCAAGACUUCCUCAACAUCAUCUACGAAGCAACCUAUACACUCAAAGGCGUGAAAAUGGCGUUCGAAUACGGUUUUUUGCUGACGACGCUGAUCACUCUGAUUUGCAUCAUCUUGGUCCUCAGAAACACCUGGGAAAGGCCUAACAGACUGGCAGUUAACAUGAGGGAUCUUCAGAGGCAAGCGGAAGACAAUCAAAUUUGAGCUUGGAACGAUAUCACAGAUAUGUAGUGGUGCAUCGACAGCUAUACAUCUUUCUGAAAGAUGUUUUGAUGCAUGAAAUUUCUUGGAGGAAUGCACAAACUUUUUGUUACUACUAUUUCAAUUCAAUUGCUAUUGCAAUAUACGUAAUACUAAUUAUAUUAAUUGAACUAUUAGGGAGUAAGAACUUUUCCUUUAUUUGGAAAAACUAGUUUAUUUUCAAACUGUAAUUCAAUCUGAUUGUUAACAACUUUUCAGUUGUUGAAAAUUUAGUUGAUCCGUCCAACGAAACUUAAAAAACUGAGUAGGUCAAAAUAGAAUUUGAACGAUCUCGAUGAAAGAAUCAAUACUCAGCAACUUUUAUGUUGAAGUUUUGACUUAAAUCUUGUGACUUAAGAUACUCAUGUCUUGUUGUUGUUAUAGAGACUGACCUUGUUACAAAAAUUUAUAAUGUUAGUGUUAUAGCUUUAAUUUUAAAGACUAAUUUUGAUAAGUGAUUUUGUUAAGUUUCUUUGUUACAUUGUUAAUAAAAACAAUUUAAAACUAUA